AUAUCAUCAAAAGACGACAAAUAACUCAGAGGGGUCUGAAAGAGCCACCAACUUGCGCCACAUCCACGUAACUUUUAACAAUGAAUCUUGAGCCUCCAAAGACAGACAUCAAAUCAGCCACCCGGGUGACGGGCGGCCCGGCCACACCACGCAAGGGCCCGCCGAAGUUCAAGCAGAGGCAGACUCGUCAGUUCAAGAGCAAGCCCCCAAAGAAGGGGAUCCAGGGCUUUGGUGAUGAUAUCCCUGGAAUGGAGGGCUUAGGCACAGACAUCACCGUCAUCUGCCCCUGGGAGGCCUUCAACCACCUGGAGCUCCAUGAGCUGGCCCAGUAUGGUAUCAUCUAGGGCCUUGGUCUGGGGACGCACAUCCUCUGUGCAUCCAUCUCCCUCGGACCGGCCUCCGCUACCCCGUGACCUGGGAUGGAAUGGAACGGUCCGCAGUAAAGAACUACAACACUGACAAAAAUAGAAAAAACGCAGAAAAAGAUGAACAAAAAAUAACUGUCUCUCUUCCCAAACUGGUUUCUUAAUUUUGUUUCUGCAGUCUCAGUUCACAUACAUCUCAUCUGCCGUGUUUAGCGAUUCAUCUGUGGGACUUCUUCUCAGAUCUGCAUUCAGACAUCCAGCAAGCCUUUCCCCCCUCUCUCCCUCCUCUCCCCCCUCUCUCCCUCCUCUCUCCCCCUCUCCCUCCUCUUUCCCCCCUCUCUCCCUCCUCUCUCCCCCUCUCCCUCCUCUCUCCCCCCUCUCUCCCUCCUCUCUGCCCCCCUCUCUCCCCCCUCUCUCCCUCCUCUCUCCCCCCUCUCUCCCCCUCUCCCUCCUUUCCCCCCCAUUGCGCUUUCUCUCCCCUCUGUUUUUACUCCUCUUCUUCAUAUGAAACAAAACAUGAAACUUACGCAAGCAAUGCAGCCUCAAUGUCAGUAAAAAAAAGUGAGAGACCCGUGAAUAGGGUGGGUUCCCAUUUCACGUGCAUCGGUACUUCUGUUGACAUCACAGAGACCUUUUCAUCUAUGCCGAAUACAAAAACGUUAAAUCACAGUCCUGUAGAGAUGGGACUAUUGUUGGCAGUUGCUGGUCGUAAUCAUUUUAGAGGGACAGUCUGGACAGAUUACCAUCAGUCUCCCCACCCCCACCCCUCUCUCAGUCUAACCCACCGUUUUACAU